UGGAUCGCGCAGCUCAGCAGAUCCGCGCGGACUCUUCAUCAUCCCGAGGAUAAAUCAUGCAUGGGCAAGUGAAUGAGUGCGGACAUUAGUGAGUGCGACGGAGAGACUCUGUGACACUCACGCGGCGCUCUUAGUUGCAUUCGGGUGGCGAGAGUUGGAAGAUCGCGAUCGGUGAUCUUAAAAUAGUGCACACAGAGAAGAUCUCUUUCGUAAGAGGUUGACACGCAUCAUUUGCUCGUACAAUUGACUUUCUCAAAUUCCCCAACAAACACACACGCUCUCUUUCCUACCCUUCUAAAUGUGCUCCUUUUGGGAAGUGUUUUGCAGAGAGUGAUUUCCUUUGUUGAGGGAGAGAUUGUUUUCCUUGCAUUUCUUCCAAGUGUAAAGUGUGUGGAAUUCUGUGCAAAUAAGUGAAGAAAAAUUGCGUGCAAUGAAAUUGUGGAAGUCAAAAAAGAGCUCUAGCUGUGUUCCUGGAAAGUCCUCAUCAACGAAGCACGAUGACAAAGUGGAUUCCAGCAUUUCUGCCACAAGCGAUCGCGCCAUGAGUCCAGCGCAGAGCGAGGACUCGGGAUUGGCGGCGGAUCGCGGCACGACGUACGCCACGAUCUCCCUGCCACGGGAGAAUGCCCAGGCGAUGGGCAUCCUCUUCCUGGACAGAGCCGAUCUCACGUAUCCGCCCGUGAUUGCGACGCUGAACGCUCUGGGGCCGGCAGCGGAUUUCCUAGCGCCGGGCGAUCGGAUCCACCAGAUCGACGGCAUCUCGACCAUCGGACUGACCAAUGAGCACGUGAUGAACAUCCUGUAUCACGGAAACGGACCGGCUGUUGUGGAGAUCGAGUAUUCACUUCCGGAAUAUUUGUCGCAGAACAGUCUGUGCGUGACAACGAAGCUCACUCAGAUCACUGUGGAGAGGGAGAACGGGUGUCUGGGCCUGACACUCCGCGGUGGCGGAGACUUUCCCUUGAUCGUCACUAACAUCCGACCACAUGGUCCUGUCUACAAGUGUGGCAGAAUAAAGCCCGGUGAUCGCCUCUUGCGCGUCGACAAUGUCUCACUCAUCAACAAGACGCUAUCGGAGGCGCAGCAGAUCCUCAAGUGUGGCCACUUGUCGGGCCUCACGAACCUGACCAUCGAGUACGAUGUUUCGGUUAUGCAGAGCGUGGAGUUCUCAAUGGGGCCGCUGCUCAUCGAGAUCGAGCGCUCGGCCAACGACAAGCUGGGCAUCGUGCUGAGCAACUCCUGUCCGACUGGCAACGGAAAGGUGGACGACAUCGUGCAGGCUGGCGUCUUCAUUGCCAACAUCCUUCCCGCCUCGCUGGCCGAUCGCACGGGCGCCCUUUCGAUCGGCGACAAGAUCCAGAGCGUGGACGACACGCUCGUGGAGAACACCUCGCUCGCUCCCGAGGACGUGAUGCAACUCCUGGACGCCAACACGAAUCGCGGCUUCACGCAGAUCCAGAUUCUGCCGGCGCACGCCAUCGCCAGACUGCGAGGCAUGCAACACCAAAAUGGGAACACUGCCAAAUACGGCUUCAACACGCUGGAGUCGCGCAAGAUGCGCCAGAAGAAGUUCAUGCGGAAGAGUUCACUGCCCUUGCUGGAGACUUCCGGAAGUGGCAGCUUGAUGUGUCGCUCUGAGAUUGUGCAAGUGGUUCUGGACUGCUCCCAGGGAUCAGGCAUUUGUCUGGGAGCGCCGAGUCCUUGUGGCCGCGGCUUCACCAUUGCUCAAGUCAUCCCGGACUCUGUGGCGGAUCGAUCGGGCUGCAUCCAGAAGGGAGAUCGCCUUCUGGCCGUGAACAAACUCUACGGCCUGGACAUCACCACAGUUCGGCAAAUCCUGGGCGACUUCACGUACAAGAACAUGCACCAGAAAAUUGCUCCCAAUUGGGUGGAAGUGGAGAUUGAGUUCAACAUGUCAGACUCCGUAAUUCCCUCCAGUGGCGUCUUCAACGUGAAGCUACUCAAGCAUCAAGAGCACAGUGAAUUGGGCAUCACGGUGAAUGCCACGAAUAGCGGCGCCUUCAUCAUAACAGACGUGAAGCAGGGCAGUGCAGCUCAUCGCACAGGAUCUCUCAGGGCGGGAGACAUUCUCCUGGCGGUGGAUUCACAGCCUCUGCAGCACUACAAUGUGGACGCGCUGCUGAAAGACAACAAGAAUGACUUCACAACACUCACAAUCAAGCGCACUUGCCUUCCAGACUUCCUCUUUGACGCCCAGUAUCGCAACAACUUCAUCUACAGCAGCACAGAGACGAGGAUUGCGGACAACCACUCACCGUCGUCGUACAGCUACGGAGGCACGGCGAAGAGGAAUGAAGCUGGCAGAUGUGAGCAGAGGAUCAAUGCUGGGAACCAGGCGGAUUUCUAUCAGAUGGAUGAGAACUUGAUAGGGAAUGGCUUGAUGACCAUUCGAAGACCGCCGCCGUUCUCAAAUUCCCUCACCAACAUUGAAUUGACUCCUCUCGGGAACUCCACGCUCAAGACAGACAACAAUCCCUCGGACAUCGCGGAAGACUCCUUCGCGGAGAUGGAAGGAUAUCCUGAGUAUUUCCAGACGUACUACAAUCUGGAAAUGCCUUUGCCGCUAAAUACUUACUCAAGUCCUUCACACCAAGUCGUCAGCACCGUGAGACUGGAGACCAAAGGAGGACCGCUCGGGAUCACUCUGGCCGGAAGUGAGAACCUGCAGAAGCCCAUCGUGAUCAGUGCCUUUGUGGACGGCGGAGUUGCGCACACGUCCGGAAAACUGUGCAUAGGAGACGAAAUACUCGCCAUCAAUGGCGAGAACAUUUUGGGCGUUCCUCUGAGCACCGCCACGAAGCUUCUGCAGCGUUUCGAGAAUGUGGUGGAGCUGAAGAUUGCCAGGAAUCGCAUGGACGGUGGUGAGAAUGCAGCUUCCCUUCCGCAACCGCAGGCGAUCUACAGCAAAGUCCACAGACGACCACGGAGUCCUUCAGUCACCGAUGCUCUGUCCACGUCUUCGAGCGCCGAGGGACGCUUCAAGACCAUCCACGUGACGCUAUACAAGGACAAGGUGUACGAUGACUACGGCUUCUCCCUCUCGGAUGGACUCUAUGAGCGAGGCGUGUACAUAAACAGGAUAAGAAGCGGAGGUCCUGCGGAUGCUGUUGGUCUGCUCAAGUCUUUCGACCGUAUUAUGAUGGUGAACGGGACGAAAACGCAGGACUUCGACUGCUGCUUAACAGUGCCAUUGAUCGCAGCGAGUGGAGAUAAGAUUGAUAUGAUCGUCCAGAGAUCAAUUUCCGACUAAGAAAGCGCCAAAUUCUGCAAUAUAUAUUUGAUAUUAAAUUCCAUUUAGUGACAGCAACAAAAAUCGAACUGAUUCCCACUGAAACGUGAGGAAAGAGAGAAAUAUUAGUGCCAUAAUCUAGUGCUGCAUAUUUUAAUCUAACUUAAUCGCAUAAUGUGAAUGACGAAAAUUGUAAUGGAACAAAACCACAGUGUUUAUCAAAAAUAUACACAAUAAUA